GCUUGUGUUGGUUGUUCCCCCGCAGUUUCGAGCACCUUCGUCUAGGGUUAGGGUUCGCUUCCCUCCUCCCGGACCGCGCGAUGUGGCACGAGGCGCGGAAGUCGGAGCGGAAGGUCCACGACCUCAUGGACGCCGCGCGCCGGAGGGCGCAGCGCCGCGCCGCCUACCUCGCGCGCCGCCGCGGGGACCCGCACCAGUCCCUCCAGGUCUCCGGCGCGCGCUGCCGCGUCCACCGCGACGACGCGCUCUACCAGGCCACCGAGGACCAGCAGGGAUUGAUACCAUGGAAUGGAAAACAAGACGUUUUAAUCGACAGAUUUGAUGGCCGUGCACUACUUGACUUCAUCCGUGACUCUAGCUCUCGGCCUUUUCGGGUCCAACAAAAGUCUGAAGAAGAGGAAGAGUUAGAGGAAUUUGUUAAUUUUGAAAGUUACCGGGAUUUGAUUAAGCAUCGACGUAGAGGAUUCUCUGAUGAGGUGGGUUUGCAGCAUGUUGUGCAAGAGUUGGAGGCAAAGUCUAUUCUUCCUUUUGGCAUUGAGAAACCUCAAUCCUCGCAGCCUCCUACUAUCAAGGGCACAUAUUCACAGGUGGGUUACUCAUAUAAAGGGGAUGGAAAUGAAGAAUCUGAAGAUCUGAACACUGACGAUGAGGAUGAAGAGGAAGAGGAUGAUGAGGAUGACAAGGAUUUCAGUAGUGAUGAUAGCAGUGAUGAACGAAUGGAAAUCAUAGCCAAGGAGUUUGGUGUAAAACGAUACAACUGGCUUGUUUACAUGGACAAGAAGGCCAAGGAAGAGGAAAAACGCCAGAAAGAGAUUAUCAAAGGCGAUCCUUCUAUUAAAAAACUGAGCCGCAGAGAAAGAAGAAAAGUUUCUCAAAUUGAGAGGGAAAGAGAGCGGGAAGCAGCACGUUCUUUUGGAAGGGCAUCCUAUCGUGAUCCUUAUAGGGAGCAAAGGAGAAGUCCGUCAUAUGAGUCAUAUUCAAGGGGCAGAAGAUCGAGGUCAAGAUCAAGAUCUCAUUCACCUUCCUAUUCUAGACGGCAUGGCCAUGGUACACAUGGUGAAAGCAACUACCGAAGCAAGCCAAAGACUCCAAGGGUUGAAUAUAUCACUGAAUUUGGAGGUUCAGAUGACACCCGUGAGCUGAAAGUUGCAGGGAUCUCUCCACCUUCAUCUCCAAUACGAGUUGGCAUACCUAACCGGUCAUCAGGUGGUGAAAUUCUUGAGGCACUUCACAGUGAUCCUGCAUCUUCUUUGUCCCUGGAGCAGGAAAAAAGCACAAAAAAUUUGAAAGUGCCUACCAGUACAUCAUCAGCACUAGUCAAACUAAGCAAGUGCGCCACUGGGGGACCUGCCAAAACGGUCCAGAUUGAAAAGAAAGAAACACCGCAAGAACGGCUCAAAAGAAUAAUGAGCAAACAGCUUAACAAGCAGAUUCGAAAGGACACUGCUGCUGAGAUAGCAAAGAAACGAGAACUGGAACGCCAAAGGCAGGAAAAACUUGCGGAGGUAGGUCGGUACAGGGGUCGUAGCAGGAGCCCCAGCCGGUCUCCACCAAGAAGGCGACAUUAUAGCAGAAGCCGUAGUAGGAGUAGAAGCCCAAGGUGGUAUCAUUCAUCCCGGUCCCAUUCUCGUUCACCUUCUCGAUCUCCAAGGUACAGAAGCAGGUCGAGGCACUGAAUACCAGCUGCAGCAAUGAAACAUACUUUGUACCUUCACCUUGUGGAAGACUAGUUUUUAUUUAGUUUUGCUUCCCCACGUUAUAUGUUAAUUUUAUUCAGCUAUUAGUAGCAUCAUGGAUCCUUUACCACCUUCGUUUAAGGCGUGUAGAAUAGGCUAUUUUGGCACUGUUGUUAUCAGCAACUCAACUAGAGUGUAAUUUUCGACAUAUGUAUUAACAAAAGUAAUGCAAAAUACCGUGGAUCUUGUUCAUGUGC